CUAAACUUCUCAUAAUCAAUCACACCUCGUGAGUUGUCUUAUCUUGUCUUGGAGGGUAGAAAACACAAAGGAAAUGACCUCCUCACUGUGACUUUCUUUUACUUCGAUCACCAUAUUUAUACAAUUAUCACAAUUACUCUUGGCAGAUAUGGCUCAGCAGGAAGAAGGUUGGCCUCUGGGUUUGCACCCCCUGAAUGUGAGAGUUGGGAUAGCUAGAAAUGGUGAUUUUUCUGGAUCAAUAUCAUUCAACACUUUACUCACUGGUUCCUCAACAGAUUCCUCAUCAGAUUUAGACACCGAGUCUACAGGAUCUUUCUUCCAUGACAAGAGCAUUACACUGGGGAGUCUUAUAGGUGUUUCCAACAUACUAGAGCUCUCUAGAAAAUCAACAAGGGCAAGGAAAGUUGAAGUAGUUGAAGACAAGAAGAGCUGCAAAUCCAAAACAUGGAUUUUCUCUUUAUGUUCAAGAGACACUACUGAUGCCGAAGUUGUGAAUAAUACUCCAUCUCUUGGCCAUUUUCUUGCUGUGGAGAGAAGAGCAUCUAGUGAAUGUAGAAGGAAUCACGACCCAAUUAUUCAUGGACCUCAUGAUGAGCUUGAACUUGCUCAGCCUGUUACGGAACCCAACUCACUAUUUGUUAAUGACCAUGUUGCUCCUCCUAGACCAAGUCAAAGCUGCAGUGCCGAAGCUGAAAGGAGAGGAAAUGAAGAACUAGAGCACUGUGGUGAAUAUGCAGUACCAGUUCUAUUUUCAUGCAUGUGUGGACAACCCUCUCUUUGAAUCACCUUCUACACACCAAAAAAAAAACAAAAAAAAUCCUUCUCCUGUUGUCACUAUUGAUGAUUGAAUUUCAUGUCCUAUGUAGAAAACUAAAAAGGAGCUUGUAAUUUUUAUUGGUUUCAGGCUAAAAGAAAUCAAUUUCACGUCUAUGCACUUGAUCUCUCUCUAUAGGGUGGUCUCUUGCUUGGUGUUGAACAACAAAUACAGAGAUUUCAUGAGAUUAUAAUAUGUCAA